AUGUUUAAUGAUGACCAAAAUGCAAAUAAUUAUUUCCCAACUAAAUUAGGAAUUGAUAGACCUGCUAUUGAUUUUACAUCAUCAGUUUGUAAUUUUCUUAAAAAUGAUGUUUACAAAAGACAGUUUGAACGCAAACUGUAUGUGAAUCAUCCCAUAUAUUUAAGAAGGAUAAAACCAUUAUUUUGUUAUAGCAAUAUGAUAGAUAGAUAUGAUGGUGUGAUGUCUCAUUUGGCUUGUUCGUGUUUAAAUAAAAGUAAAGGGAUGAUUGUAAGUUUAAAAUGGUUUAAUGAUGGGAAACGAUUAUUAACAGGAACUCAACUAAGUGAAUUAUGUAUAUGGAAUGGAUCAUAUUUUAAUUUUGAGGAUAUGAAAAGAAUACCUAUAGGUGGCGGAUCAGUUUCCUGUUUAGAAUGGUCAAAAAAUGAUAAUUUAUUUGCAGGUAAUUCCUUAGGACAGAUUGUUAUAUUAUCUUCUGCAUUAAACUUAUUAGAUAAUUAUGCUUUCGAAGGAUUAACAAAAAAUGUGUUAGAUAUUAGUUUAUCUUGU